AUGCCCGACGCGACCAAAGCCGCCCACUACAUCCAGGCCCUCGAUGCUGCGAGGGCCGAGGGGAACUGGCAAGCUGUUCCCGAGUUUGUGCGCAAAAUCAGGAAACAUGCGCCGGAUCGAACAUGCCUCACCUUGACCGCCGAGCUCGAGUACGCCGUGUCAACAUCCUCCAAAACCUCUUCGAACACUGCCUCCCGUCCUCAGACCGCACGACCUCAAACUGCUGCAGCGCCUGCGAGCGACAUCGACACAGCUGAUCACAUCCCCAAGCUUCUCGGGAUCAUCGAGAAUGACGACCUGCACCCCGAAGACAAAUUCCAGGCGCAAGUUGCCGUGGGCUGGGUGCACUGGACUAGCAAGGAAUACCGCUUGGCCGCCACGAGACUGCCUUCGACCCUUGACCAACAGAAUAUCCAGGAUCCCGACAACAAGGUCUCCGAAUGGACGAGCGUCUGCUCGCUCAAGGCAGCCUACCUCAAGGCCGACUGCCUCGUCGUCAGCGGACAGAGGGAGGAAGCACUGCGCAUAUUCGAGGCCGCUCUGCCGGCUGCCACGGCCAUAUGGUCGAGAAAGAGCGGCGGGAAACAACUGCGAUACUGCUCCGAGCUGUUCUUGACCGAGUUCUGCAUGCUGCAGAGCGAGGCUCUCCAGUCCAACGAGAGAUCCCUCCAGGAUAUGGACUCUCUGGCCUGCUAUCGGUCCUGGGCCAGGUACUGGGAGGCCUUCACUGUUGUCGGUGGCCAGGGCUACAGAGGCUCUGUCCCGAGGCGCCGCGUCUGGAACGAAUACUACUCGGCCCUUUCCAAUAUCCUCGACCUUAACCUCCCAUACCCCACAGGCAGCUUGCCCGCGAUGACCACCGAGAUGUCUCCGAGAAGCCUGCUGCGCGUGGAACUGAAAAAGGUGGAGGCUGCUUUUGAGGCUCUGCUGAUUGCGGAAACUCAAUUCCCAAAAGCUGAUGAGGAGCGCGAGGAAGUCGAGGAGUUUGCCAAGUCCGUCAUGAAGAAUUGGUCCAUUCUUUGUGGUCGCGGGUGGAGGGAAGAAGACCUCGGUGAAGGCGGCCGUGAGAGCGUCAGCCGUGGUGCUUUGGAUGUCUUUUACCGUGCUGCGACUAAAACCUACCACUCGACUGCCAUUCUAAGGUUCAUCUUCACUGUUCACUUGUCAGUCGCCGAAUUCGACCUUGCGUUCAAAGCUUUUGAUUCAUACUUGGAGCUGGUCAAGCACGGCAAAGCAAGAGUAGACAAGACGGGACAUUCCGAGGGCGGACUCGAUGACGACGGCACGGUCCUUGAAACAAUCUCGCAGUGCAUCCUAGCGCUAUGUCGGUACGGCGGCAAGGAUGCCAUUGAGAAAGCCAAAGACCUGGGUGCUGAGCUGGAGGACUGGAUGGCGAGAUUGCCGCAGCUGAGGGCAGGCGUUUCGGACGGAACCACGCUUCCGGAACUCGAGGAGACCACCAGCACGCUCCAUCCCGAGAUCUCACCCAGAUCUGUCUCUUUGUCGUGGCAGGCGGUGGGUCUAUCACAUGCCCACUGGUCCCGUGUGACCCACGACGCCGGCUCUCGAGUCGAACUGCAAGCCAAGGCGAUUCGAUGUCUUCGAAAAGCAGUCUCGCCAGAGCUUGGCCGUACUCGCGACGUUCGCAGUCUCUUUGCCCUCGGUCUUCUGCUGGCGGAGCGGAGAGAGUUGACGCCAGCCAUUGAGAUUGUCAAGACUGCCUUGAUUGCGCACAAGUCAUCAGACGAUGUCCAAAAUCACUAUCACGGCCCGUACUGGCAACAACGCUCGCUUCUCCCGUUGUGGCACCUGCUUGCCUUGUUGAUGAGCGCGCGGCAGGACUACGUCAUGGCAGAGAGGUCGUGCGAGGGCGCGUUCGAGCAGUUUGGCGAUGAUACCGUUCUUUUCGGUAGGUCCAAGGAGGGAUUCAGGAGUGAUCAUCUGAAUGACCUCGACGAGAAGCACGCCAACGUACACAGCGCAGUUGUGGACGAAAUGGAUGACUUUGAACGCGAGAGCAUCCUCGAGGUUAAAAUGACGCAGCUCGCCCUUGUAGAGGUGGUGGAAGGCCCUGAAUUUGCCGUCAAUGCUAGCCACGAGCUGCUCUCCCUCUUUCAGCGGCUUUUCGGCGAUGUCAAGCCUAGCAAGCCCACUCUCAACUUGCCCACAACGACAGAGGUACCGAAGAGCUCGGCCGGCACGCUGCGCAGUAUUAGGGGCAGCAUCUUCGGCGGCCGAUCCGAGCGCACAGGUCGUACUUCCAGACGCGCGAGCCUCCUCGAAAGCGAAAAGUCCGUGGCGCUAUCGACACGGCCCCCUACGUCGCAGACUUCUGCCGGCGUCGCGCCGACCAUCCAGGUGACCGUUGUGGAUGGCGAAGUCUUUUUCACUCCCACGACUGAGAUUCCCAUGACAGAUUUCCUCGGCUCUGCCAACGGCGGCAGGCAACAAAUCUCAGGAUUCACAGGACCCCGGGGCCAGACCCUGAACCAUCUCGACUCGUACACAUCCCAGGCUUCCAAGUCAACCGCAUAUUCCUAUUCAGAGAUCUCCGCAGAUGCAACAUACACCAUCACCAAUCCUUUGCCUGUCAUCAAGUUUGCUCAGGAAGUGCAACGGAAGCAGCGAACCACCCUUCUCGUUAAAGUGUGGCUGAUGAUCGCGGGCUUCUAUCGAAGAGCUGACAUGUUUGAAGACUGCCGGGGCGCUGUUGGAGAGGCGCAGAAGCUGGUGCAGGGACUCGACACGGAGCGGAGCGCAUCGGAGAACGGGGCUGCGUACCGAAACGCGGGAUGGGCGGAGAGGAAAAGUGUCGACGAACUGUGGGGUGACGUUUGGGCAGAGUUGGGCUACCUUUCGCUCGCGAAAGAAGCACCCUACGACGCUCGUUCCGAGUUUGAGUCCGCCCUGACGCACUUCCCCAAUCACCCGGCAGCCAUUGUGGGCCUCUCCAGUAUCCUCCUUGAUAUUUUCACGGAGCAGAUCCGCCCGCCGCCCGCCGUGCCCAGUCUCUCCACCGAAAACGGACUAUUCGACUCGGACCUCACCCCUUCGGCGUCACUGCCCCGCAUAACCACACCAGCUGAUGGGCUCCGCUCCGAGCCGCUUGGAUUGGGUGCCGGCAAAUCAGUCAACGCAGAACAUCAUGCCGAGUCCUGCAUCAUCCACGACAAGGACUCGAAGACGGAGGACGAUGACAAGCUCCCCGCGCCUUACAAGGCCAGCUCGUUGCCCCUGAUCGACCGCCUUGCGGCUCGUGAUCGCGCAAGCGGCCUGCUGACGGGCCUCACCAAGCUGGGGUCCGCCUGGGACUACUCCGAGGCGUGGUUCGCGCUGGCCCGCGCGCACGAGGAGAGCGGUCUGCCGGAGCGGGCCAAGGAGGUGCUCUGGUGGUGCGUCGAACUCGAGGAAGGCAGGGGCGUCAGGGAAUGGCGCUGCCUGGGCAGUGGAGGCAAGAUUGCCCGAGACAUCACCAACCCCGCCGCCCAAAAAGAAGAUGACAAACCUUGCGCAGACACCGAUGAAAUCAUGAUGGAAAAGAGGAAAAUUCAAAUGAAAUAA